AUGACGAAGCAAAAUGCCAGUCUGGCCUCGUCGAGGCGCAAGUCUCGCAAGCAACACUUCUCGGCUCCCUCCAGCGUCCGACGGGUGAUUAUGAGCGCGCCUUUGAGCAAGGAAUUGAGAGAAAAGCACAAUGUCCGCAGCAUCCCUAUCCGGAAAGACGACGAAGUCACCGUGGUCCGAGGCUCGAACAAAGGCCGUGAGGGAAAGGUCACCUCCGUCUACCGAUUGAAGUACUUGAUCCAGAUCGAGCGUGUCUCCCGCGAGAAGUCCAACGGCCAAUCCGUCCCCAUCGGCAUCCACCCCAGCAAAGUCGUCGUCACCAAGCUCAAGCUCGACAAGGACAGGGAAAAGAUCCUGGAGAGAAUUGCCAAGGGCCGUGAAUCCAUCAAAUCGCAGUAA